AUGGCCCAUCAGACGGUUAUUGAAGACUCAGAUAUCAUCAAUGGUCUACAAAUCAGGUUCCUCAAACUUUUCGGGAUAUGGCAGAUCAUCAACGACUACAGGAAGACAGGAAAACAGAAUAUUAUUCUGAAGAUUCAAGUAUUCAUAACCGUAAUCAUUGCAGCACCGAGCGUAGUGUGUACAUAUGUCGGUUUGUUAGUCAUCGAAGUUGAUAUUCAAAAGGCUACAAUUUUGAAUUUCCAUUCAUUGCCUACACUACAGGCUUUGUGUCGAUAUAUUGUUUUUUGGUAUAAUAUUGACAGCCUUUCAAGGUUAUACAAUUUAAUGAAAAAGGAUUUUCUCGAAGAGAUUGUAAACGAUAUGCAACAAGAGAAAGUGGAAUUCAUAUAUCGUAAAGUAAGUAGAAAUUCUAACAAGACAUGUGCAAUAGUUUUUGUCGCAAUUGCGAUUGCAGGAGCAUAUUUACUAUUCUCACCUGGUAUAUCAGUUGAAUACAUUAUGCAUCGCACAGGUAAUACAUUUUCUACGACAGGAGGCAGGAAGAAGAUUUCUACUGGUUGGUAUCCUGUACCAAUGGACACUUCACCUUGCUAUGAGUUCAUUUUAUUCUAUGAAGGAUUCUUGGUAACGUGAUUCGCAGAUGAACUGAGAAGUAUUUACAAUCCUCUGGUGACGAUGGGAAAAACUGGAGAUUUAGCGUUCAUAGGACGCUCAGUGGUAUACCUGGGGUAUCAAAGCAUUGAAGUCAGUGUAUUCUGUUAUGGUUCUUCGGUUAUAGAAAGUGCGUCCUGCAAGAACCCAGGUUUCCUCCACUACAGCCAACCAAUGUCCACAAUAUAUUGUGCUAUCUCCCUCUAUCUUCUAUCAUCCAGCCACCUUGGAUCUUCCUCCAAAUCCGCCAGUCAUCUGAUAUUCUUCAAUUCACCUACUCUGUUUCUACCGUGA